UCCCAGCCCCAGCCCCGCCAGCACCGCUACCUCCGCCAGCAUUGCCACCAUCAGCACCACCUCCACCACCACCACCACCACCACCACCGCCACCACCACCGCCGGCGGCAGCAGCAGCCAUUUCAUCUCCACAGAAACCAGACACAAAAACAUGGCAGAAAUGGAGAAAGAAGGGAGACCUCCGGAAAAUAAAAGGAGCAGGAAACCAGCUCACCCAGUGAAAAGGGAGAUCAAUGAGGAAAUGAAGAACUUUGCAGAAAACACCAUGAAUGAACUCCUUGGUUGGUAUGGCUAUGAUAAGGUUGAAUUGAAAGAUGGUGAAGAUAUUGAAUUCAGGAGCUACCCUACAGAUGGGGAGAGCCGGCAGCACAUUUCUGUUCUCAAAGAAAAUUCUUUGCCAAAACCAAAAUUACCCGAGGACAGUGUUAUUUCACCAUACAAUAUAAGCACAGGCUAUUCAGGGCUUGCAACAGGAAAUGGACUCAGUGACUCACCUGCAGGGUCAAAAGAUCAUGGCAGUGUACCCAUUAUCGUACCUUUAAUUCCACCACCUUUCAUAAAGCCACCAGCAGAAGAUGAUGUGUCAAAUGUACAAAUAAUGUGUGCCUGGUGCCAGAAAGUGGGAAUCAAGCGCUAUUCCCUGAGUAUGGGAAGUGAGGUGAAAAGCUUCUGCAGCGAGAAGUGUUUUGCAGCCUGCCGACGAGCCUACUUCAAGAGAAAUAAGGCUAGAGAUGAAGAUGGACAUGCUGAAAAUUUUCCCCAGCAGCACUAUGCUAAGGAAACUCCAAGGCUUGCCUUCAAGAAUAACUGCGAACUACUUGUAUGUGACUGGUGUAAGCACAUAAGACACACAAAAGAAUACCUGGAUUUUGGGGACGGGGAAAGAAGGCUUCAGUUCUGCAGUGCAAAAUGUCUCAAUCAGUACAAAAUGGACAUUUUCUACAAAGAGACACAGGCCAAUCUUCCAGCUGGGCUGUGCAGCACAUUACACCCUCCCAUGGAAAAUAAAGCAGAAGGCACCGGGGUGCAGCUGCUCACUCCAGACUCUUGGAAUAUCCCGCUAACAGAUGCUCGGAGGAAGGCCCCCUCCCCGGUGGUUGCAGCUGGCCAAAGCCAGGGCCCCGGCCCGUCGGCGUCCACCACCGUGUCUCCAUCUGACACUGCCAACUGCUCUGUCACUAAAAUCCCCACGCCAGUGCCCAAGUCCAUCCCCAUCAGCGAGACUCCAAACAUCCCUCCCGUUUCCGUCCAGCCACCUGCGAGCAUCGGGCCUCCCCUCGGCGUCCCGCCUCGCAGCCCUCCCAUGGUGAUGACCAACCGCGGCCCUGUGCCGCUGCCCAUCUUCAUGGAGCAACAGAUCAUGCAGCAGAUCCGCCCGCCCUUCAUCCGCGGGCCGCCACACCACGCCUCCAACCCCAACAGCCCCCUGUCCAAUCCCAUGCUCCCCGGCAUCGGGCCCCCGCCCGGCGGCCCCAGGAACAUGGGCCCCACUUCCAGCCCCAUGCACCGGCCCAUGCUGUCGCCCCACAUCCACCCCCCGAGCACGCCCACCAUGCCCGGGAACCCCCCGGGUCUGCUGCCUCCUCCGCCCCCCGGCGCCCCCUUGCCGAGUCUUCCCUUCCCUCCGGUGAGCAUGAUGCCAAAUGGCCCGAUGCCCGUGCCCCAGAUGAUGAACUUCGGGCUGCCGUCCCUCGCCCCGCUGGUGCCGCCCCCCACCCUUCUCGUGCCAUACCCCGUGAUCGUACCCCUGCCCGUGCCCAUCCCCAUCCCUAUUCCCAUCCCCCACGUCAAUGAUUCCAAGCCUCCCAACGGAUUCUCCAGCAACGGGGAGAACUUCAUUCCGAGCGCCCCUGGCGACUCCUCGGCAGCGGGGGGGAAGCCAGGCGGACACUCCCUGUCCCCCCGGGACUCCAAGCAGGGCUCGUCCAAGUCCGCCGACUCGCCGCCCGGCUGCUCCGGCCAGGCCCUGAGCCUGGCGCCCGCGCCUGCGGAGCACGGCAGGAGCGAGGUGGUGGACCUGACGCGGCGCGCCGGCAGCCCCCCGGGCGCGGGCGGCCCUCUCGGCUUCGCCGGUGUGCUGCAGGCCCCACAGGACGGCGUCAUCGACCUGACCGUGGGCCACCGGGCCCGGCUGCACAACGUGAUCCACCGCGCGCUGCACGCGCACGUCAAGGCGGAGCGCGAGCCGGGCGCCGCGGAGCGCAGGACCUGCGGCGGCUGCAGGGACGGCCACUGCAGUCCGCCCGCCGCCGGCGACCCGGGCCCCGGCGCCCCCGCGGGUCCCGAGGCCGCCGCCGCCUGCAAUGUCAUCGUGAACGGCACCCGCGGCGCUGCCGCCGCCGAGGGCGCCCAGAGCGCGGAGCCGCCGCCGGAGCAGCCCGCGGCGCCACCGCCGCCGCCGCCGCCUGCGCCCCCCAAGAAGCUGCUGUGUGCGGAGGAGCCGGCGGUGAGCGAGCUGGAGUCGGUGAAGGAGAACAACUGUGCUUCCAACUGCCACCUGGACGGGGAGGCGGCCAAAAAGCUGAUGGGGGAGGAGGACCUGGCGGGGGGUGACAAGUCAGACCCGAACCUUAAUAACCCCGCGGACGAGGACCACGCCUAUGCUCUGCGGAUGCUGCCCAAGACGGGCUGUGUCAUCCAGCCUGUGCCAAAACCUGCGGAGAAGGCUGCCAUGGCGCCGUGUAUCAUCUCCUCGCCCAUGCUCAGCGCCGGGCCUGAGGACCUUGAACCGCCGCUCAAAAGGAGGUGCCUCCGAAUUAGAAAUCAGAAUAAGUAAAAGGAAUGCUCGCUCACAGGGUAACUUGCAUGGAGAGAAGGCGCUGAGCAAACAUGUCACACCAUCCAAUGACACCAGCUGGUCAGCUCACCACCCCCUCUGGCUAAAACUCAAGCAAAUAAAGCCGCUUCCUGCCAUUAGCACGUCAGAGGAAGUAGCCCUCCCUCGGUGGCUCCCGAGCCCAGAGAAGCCAGCACAUCUUGGACCCACCAAGCCGCUCAGCCUUCCUGCUGCCACCAUCUCUGCUUCUCCCCAGAGGAACUUAGGGAUUUCGCCCCUGAUUUUAAAAUUAAAAAUAAUUAAAAUAAAAAUGCCACCACAAGCUACAAGGACCAACGUAGGUAUCUCCCCACUCCAUCUUCAAGGCUCAGAGGUGGAGGCUGGAAGAUGAUAUGGAUUGAAAACAAAACCUUUUUAAAAAUCUUUUUAAAAACUGCUGUGGUUUUGCUGCUACACUAAGAAUUGUGAUUUGCAUUGUACGGUUUCGGACCUAUACUGUUCACGUUUUUGACGGCGGAGAGGGGUCUUACUGGAGUCCCAACACUUCAGAUUCAUCUCUAUCCUGCCCAGGAUGCACUUUUAAAUGAAGAGUUAGAAUAUUUUAUUGGCUAAUAUACUUUUCUUGUUAUUUUUACAAAGGCCACCUUUAUCCUUUUUAAUGCCAUAUUUUCAGUGUUACACUUUUAUGGCUUUUAAUUUUUGAUUUGACAGAUGUAGAAGCAGCAUGAAUAGUUUAUACUGUGGUUUUUCUGAGACUGAAUGCCAAGAGAACUUGGUCAAUGUUUAUUCUUCUCAGCUUUCUCUUUAAACUCCCCUAAAUAGCGCCCCAUUUGGGAACAGAGCAAGAGUGUUGAAUUGAAGACCAAAAUGCCCUCAAGGUGUAAAAUAAUCCGAGGGGGAAUAUUUGCUGGGCGUCACGAAAGACUUGGAUGAAAUUUCAACCCCGAUGGUUUUCAGUGAUCCAGGAAGUCAGUGAGACAAUCUCUCUAUAUGCAGAGCCCUUUCAUGAUAAUUAGAAUGGUAUGGACAGACCAAUGAAAAUAAGAGGGAAAGUGAGAAAGCUCGGCCAUGAUUCUGUUUCACAGUUUGCUUUCUCCUGUCAUGGUUAAGAGAAAUGUGCAAUUCGAUCCUCAGUCAGUGGGUGGAGGAUGAUAACAGGGUAGAUUUACUUGUGUGCACUUGUACAGUUGUAGCUGCGAGUCCAGAAGUCUUCUACAGCAUGUGUACUGGCACCACCGAGUCGGUGAGAUAGUCGUGGAGUAUCCCAUUCUGAUGAGUACAGACAAAACAAACAAACAAAAACAAAAAACAAAAAACAAAAAACAAAAAA